AUGUCCGAGACCGCGCCGCCCGCUCCGGCUACCUCCACUCCCCCCGAGAAGCCCGCAGCGGUCGGCAAGAAAACCAAGAAGCCGGCUAAGGCUGCGACCACCGCCAAGAAGAAGUCCGUGGGCCCCUCGGUGUCGGAGCUGCUCGUGCAGGCGGUGUCCUCUUCCAAGGAGCGCAACGGCGUGUCCCUGGCGGCGCUCAAGAAGGCGCUGGCGGCCGCCGGCUACGACGUGGAGAAGAACAACAGCCGCAUCAAGCUGGGCCUCAAGAGCCUGGUGAGCAAGGGCACCCUGGUGCAGACCAAGGGCACCGGUGCCUCGGGCUCCUUCAAGCUCAACAAGAAGGCGGCCUCCGGCGAGGCCAAGGCCAACCCCCCAAAGGUGGCGAAAGCCAAGGUGACGGGCGCUUCUAAGAAACCUAAAAAGGUCACAGCGGCUACUAAAAAAGCGGUCAAGACUCCGAAAAAGGCUAAAAAACCGGCUGUGGCCAAGAAGCCGUCCAAGAGUCCCAAGAAGCCCAAGGUUGUGAAGCCCAAGAAAGUAGCCAAGAGCCCCGCCAAAGCCAAGGCUGUGAAGCCCAAAGCGGCCAAGGCGAAGGUGACCAAGCCAAAGACGGCUGCGAAGCCCAAAAAGGCCGCACCCAAGAAAAAGUAGAGUUGCAGUUGGAACUUGUUCCAGUAACCCAACGGCUCUUUUAAGAGCCACCAACCUAUUUCAGAGGAAAGAGCUUUAGUACGUGUAUUUCGGCUCCCACGUGGAGUUGCCACCCAGUUGCGAGGACGGUUUUGGGCUGAUCCUUACCCCACACCGCAAUUUCUUAGAGACUUAAUAUAUUUUCGCUGAUGUGCCUAACCUUCCUAGGCGAAACCUUCCUAGCCGUUUGGCAACCAGCGGCCUGCUGUGCUGUCUUGCCUAGCUAACGACGUCGGCGAUGCGUGGGGAGCUAAUCGUCCCCGGCUGUGCUGUAAGUCCACACCUUUUCCUCCACGCGGACUACGGUCGUGGCAGAAGCCCCGCCCCGGCCCCAGCUGGAAGCGUGCGCACCUGGCGAUUGCCCUAGUUGAGUUAAAAGCCGGGCCCUGCGGUAUUUGGGACAAUAGUGUUUAAAGCGGCCUUUUAUGGACUUGGUCUCCUCUGAGAAGUGCUUGUGGGGUAACCAGUGAAACCGAAUGCUUGGCCACCCUCCGCAAAUGCUGCGCGCCAGCUGGAUGUCCUUGGGCAUGAUGGUGACGAGCUUUGGCGUGGAUGGCGCAGAGGUUGGUGUCCUCGAGGAGCCCCACUAGGGCACCGUCACUUUCCACAUGGGGAAUCCUAACUACAGAGGAAACAGAUAAGGAGGCAGGGAUGACAGUGCCACGAGCGCUCCUGCACGUGGUUCGGCGCCUGUGCGGACACGAGGAUGUUUACAUUCCUAGAGUCAGAAAUCACUGGGUCAAACCCUAAACUCUCCCCAAGUGGUUGUACCACUUCUCCCUGCUCUGCAAUCAAAAACGAAAAUGAAAGCCGUAGUUAUGAACAUCCAAAUGACCCUCCCACACCUAAUACUGAGUCAAAUUUAGAUGAAAAUCCCUGUUUCAUAUCCUAGUUUUGGGUUUUUUAAUUAAAAUUGUUGGUCUUUUUCAAUGUUACCCAUCGUGGCAGAUGCACGGUUUUCCUUUGCAUCUCUUGCCCACUUUUCUAUCACACUGUGUGUCCCCAACAAAACCCCACGGCCUGGGUGGCUUACACCGAAAGGUACUUUCUCACAGGUCUGGAGCUCCACCACUGAUGUCCCAUGGCUGACCCGCCGUCCCAGCCCCCCGGAGGAGGAGCAGAUCCUGUGUGGCCCAAAGCUCCCAUUAUGAAUUACACUGUCGACUGUCCAGUGGCCGAGGCCGCCAGGUAAACAAAGGCACUCUCCAAGGGCCUCGAGAUCACCUCCCAGCAGCUAGGGGCAAAGGCCAGACCUCUCUUUGGGUAAGGUUAAUACUACAUACGCACUUCUAGAAACUGCUGACUUACACUGCCACACAGAUGUCCAACCCAUCGUUCAGUCUUUCUCCAGAUGCUGCACCCGCAGGCCCUCCCCUGUCCUCGGACGGUCACUCCAUCGCCUUAAUUCUCCCCUGGACCCGCGGCAACAGCCUCCCAACCGGUCUUCCUAUUUCUACCACCAUCCUCUUCAGUCUGCUCCCAACACAGAGGGCAGGUGUUUUCUCGUGUCCCCUGACUCAAAUCCUGCCAUCAGCUUCCCUCCUCACACAGUAGAAAACCCAGUGUUCCUACAAGGUCUGAGGGCCAGGCCUUUCAAACAUCUAUUUUCAUAAUUCUACUCGGUAAGAACUACUUGUCACAGCAAAGACACAAAAGCAAAACAAGAAUUUCAUUAAAUAAUACUUACCCUGACUUUACUUUUUCUGUGCUAUUUUCUCUACAUUCUGUUCUCUCAUAAAAAGGUGGCAGCAGCCCCUUAAACUGAUUUCACAAAUACUUAAUGGGUUGCGCCCAGCAGAGCAAACUACACUGCUCUGUACAGCCGGAUGUCUUUGCACCCAGACAUGCCCCCAGCACCUCACACUGUCACCCUGACCGCGCCUCCAGGAGCAGCCCGGGGCCUUGCCCUUCCCAGGAGCCUCGGGAGCACACACCUGCCUUGGGGCCUUUGCAUGGAUCAUCCCGUCUACCCGGAAUGGUUUGCCCAGAAAGCACAAGAGCUCAUUCCCUCACCUUCUUUCAGAUUUUACUCCAAUGUCCUCAGUGAGGCAGCUCCCUUUACCUCCUACGUCACUGUCCAGCCCCUCUGGAUCCCCCAAGGAUGAAACAGCAUCCAUCCUCCCCGGAACUCAUCAGACCUAGAAAGAGCCUUCAGUACCAGGCCCUCCUGCCCCAGGACAGAGCUGGGGUUGGAAGACCACCAGAGGACAGCUACUUCCAGAACCCGACGCCCUGAGGGAGCACCUGCUAGCCAGCUGACCGGAUGCAGGCGACAGGAACUGGCUGGGACUCUGGGGUGGGGGCGGGGGGUGCACAAGGACUGAGG